AUGUUAGAACCUAGUCCAUACCAAGACCACAAGACAUGGAAGAUGACUCCGGCAAUGAUCCGUGCCAGACAGCCAUUCUUCAAGAAGAACCUAAUGGGAUUAGUUAUACUUCUUGGUGUUACUGGUACGAUAUACACAUAUACAUACAAGAUGUUGAACAAAGAUAGUGAUUUUGCAGAUGUUCCUAUUCCUCCUAUUGACGAAAAAGAACUAGAACAGUUGAAGAAGGAGUACGAGCUCGAGAAAAUCCGUCGUGCUCAAAAAUAA